CGUCUCCCUGCCUCCCUCUCCUCUCCCUCCCCGGUGCCGUGCGCCGCGACGCUGCUCGCCCCCUCCCCAGUCAGCCGGUCUCAGUCUCCUCCUCCGUCUCCUCCUCCCGGCUCCUCCGCAGUCACUUCCUGCAGCUGUUUCCAUCCGUGUCCGGUGGCGUUGGCUUUCCCGAGAGCGGCCGGAGCCGGGAGCCCCGGGCGGCCGGGGAGGGCGCGGAGGCGGCCCGAGCUCUUCUCCGCUGGCCCGGGAUGUGCGGCGCGGUCCGGCUCGGGGCGCAGCGAGGUCCCCAGCUCCGCCGCGGUACCUGAGCCGCCGCCGGCCCCGAGCGCCCCACACGAAAUCUCCGAAUCGUUUCUCCCUCACUCAUCAGAUCCUCUAAGAGCUGAAGAAAAUUCCUCUAAGUUAGCCCGCCCUGCCCUUUUGCUCCCCAUCCAGUAUUUGUCCUAAGAUCUGAAGACCAGGCUCUCCACUGGCCCCUGGAGCAUGCCCGUCCUCCUGCCCAAUGAUCCUCUUGCAGCACACCGGAUUUCCUCCCCCUGAGCAGCUCUCAUCCCCUCUUCCUAUGUCAGUGGCCACCAGAUCAAGAACCACCUUUCUGCUGUCCCCGCAGAGACCUCUGGGGCUGGAGGCUACUUUGCCCCUGGCCAGGGCACAGGAGCUCAGUAGAGCUGGGACGGUGGAGCAAGAUUUUGCACUGGAGGAGCUAUGUAGGCCCUUGUAUUGUAAACUCUGUAAUGUCACCUUGAACUCGGCCCAGCAGGCUCAAGCUCAUUAUCAGGGUAAAAAUCAUAGUAAGAAACUCCGGAAUUACUAUGCGGCGAGUAGCUGUCCACCCUCUACCAGAAUGAGCAAUAUAGUGGAGCCCGUACCCCCUCCUGUUGUGCCAGCUCCCCCCCAGGUGGAUGUCUCUAAGCCCGGCAGCAGAGUGAUCAGGGCCACAGAGAAUGAUUACUGUAAACUCUGUGAUGCUUCAUUUAGUUCCCUAGCCGUGGCCCAGGCUCACUAUAAAGGAAAGAAUCACGCCAAGAAGACGCGGCUUGUGGAGGCUCAGAACAACCUGUCCCUGGAUUCAUCAGAUGUGAGUCAACGGAGAGCCCGGAAAGAAGGGAAUGAAUAUAAAAUGAUGCAGAACAGGAGGAAUGCACAUGCUCUUCAAAAUAAUACAGGACCUUACUUCAAUCCUCGAUCUCGACAGUGGAUUCCCCGUGACCUUGCCAUGUGUGUCACCCCCAGCGGCCAGUUUUACUGCUCCAUGUGUAAUGCCGGGGCCAGUGAAGAGAUGGAAUUUCGGCAGCAUUUAGAAAGUAAACAGCACAAGAGCAAGGUGUCCGAGCAGCGGUACAGGAACGAGAUGGAGAAUCUGGGAUACUUAUAGUGAAGCCCAUUGCUCUGAUUGUCGUUUCCGAUAAAGCAGUUUGUCUUGCCUGCUUCUUUGCCUUCUGUCGACCUGUCCUGCUUUGUGGCCAUUUUUGACAUGAAUACAUGCCUCUGCUUUUCAUGUAGAUAUCUAUAAACCUAAUGGUUCCUUGAGGUGUUAAAAUCUGAUUCAAAAACAAUGAGCUUUUUGGGUCAUGAUGGGUUUUCAGGUUAGUUAGAUUCAGCUAAUCUCCAGAAGUCACGUGGCCUUACUGUAUGGGAAGGAGCUUUGGAAACUGAGUAGAUGCAGGGAAGUGUAGGUGGAGGAUGACUAGGAUAAUCGGUAUAAAAGGCUUUAGAGCCUCUCCUACAUUUUACUUCCUGUUCAUGCGAUCUCUCUGUAGAAUUACAAGGGUCUGCCACUGUGUGCAUUUCAGUGAACUCCAGAAUAUCAAAUCCACCCUCUUUGUGGCCAGGCUUUAUUUUCGGUUUGCCUUCUACCCCUCUACCUUUCUGCUUUAUAGAUAUGCUUUUCGACUUUAAUCGGCUUGUUUUGAUGUAGUUUUCAGCUGUGCUGUGGGUGUCAUGAGGUCCAAACAACUUUAAAUAACCUCGAUUUAAAAAUGGUAAAAUGUGUGUUUGAUUAAUCACUUCAGAAAAUAGGCAAAAUUCUAAUCAGUUUUCAACCCAAGGAUUGUGUUAUGUUGUGUAAUAAUAAGCAUUUAUGUGGGAGUUCCCGGCUAUUUGAUUUGGACUAUUUUGUGGACAUUAUGAACAAUUUCACACUCACCCUCUAUAUUUGCUAGGCUGGACCUACUCAGUGUUUUAAGGGGUACCCAUUAUAUUCUAUAAGUAAAGCAGGAUAAAAAUGUAUUUUAAUUUUCACCAUUUCAAGAUACAAUGUUUGAUCACUUUUCUUUUUGUACUUUAUUUUCUCUGGAAUGACUACAAUCAUUUUAGAAUAUUGUGCAUGUAUGAUCAUUGAAUUAGGCAUCUAUCACCUGGCACCUCCUCUUCCCUAUCUGACUGCUCCCCACUUCUCCUGCUCUUCUAUAGGUGCUUGGGUAACUGAUGUAGGCUUUGUGGUAUUGGGUGAAAUUGUUUACUUCAUAUCUCAGAAAGACUGUAACUUUGCUGCUUUUUUCUAACCUUUUGCUCCUUUUAAAAUAAAAAGGGCCAAGGCAAAAAGUUCUCUUAAAAGAUGAUUUCUCUGUAAAAUUGAUUUUAGAUUGUAUCACUUGUCCAGUUCUUGCCUUUUGUUGCUUUUCUUAUAAUUGUUCUCAUCUUUUGCCAUUUUCCUUCAAGUAGAAUAUGAGAUCAAUUUCAGAGUACUGUAGUUUCUUCAUUUUAAUACUUGAACUUGGGGACAAUUAGAAGAUAGCUUAUGGACCUGCUUUCUACCAAAAAAGGUAGAGAUAUUGAGGGAUAGGUAUUUCUUUCUAGAGGCAGAAGGAUGAUCAACUCUGUGACCUCUUAACAGGUUUCUCUCCCCAUCCUCUUUAUUUUAAGAAAAACCAGCAUUUAUAGGUCUGCCUCAAAAACGAGAAAUUGAGAGUUAUUUUGGGUCUUUCCCACUGACCAGUAAGUUCUUUCUUUGCUGCUAAAGUUCUUUCUCUAUAUAUAAUAUCCUUGUGCUGAUGUUGUAAUUCUGGGAAUCUGAAAGUUCUGUCUUCUGGUCUACAUCAGCUUGGUUACUUUUUAUUUGAAGUCCCAGAAAGAGCUUCUUAUUUCAGAACCCUUUGAAAAAAAUGCUGGAUGCUGAUUUUCUUUUAUAGAAGUUGAAUUGCACUCUUCUUUAGUUAUGCAUUUGCAAACGAAAUAGAUGUGAGUUUUGGUCUUAAUCUUCCAGUUGCUCUAUACACUGGAAAUACACUUGUUUGUUAUUUACUUAUUAUUUCUUCUUGCUUGUGUGACCUUAAAAAGGCAACUUCCCCUUAGGGCCUGUUUUUCUCACCUGUAAAUGAAAGAAUGAGCCUAGAUGGCUUAAGGAAUGGAGGCUCCCAGUGCUAUUUAAUGGGUGUGAGGAGCUAAAAGAUGUAGUUUAUUUGUUCUUCUCUCUUGUUUUAAAAUUAUUUUUUUAAAAAGAAAGUCAGAUGAAAGAUAUUAGCUUUUUCUAGCUAUAAUUUUUCCCCAGUUAAGGUUUCUUUGCACUAAAAAAGAGCCAGCAGUUUGGGCACAUAAUGAUUGCCUGGAACAAUUAAGUCUUAUUCUUUCUAACUUCAGUAUCUUUCUGUCAAGCACUGCUCAUGUUCAUUCUUAUUGGUUCCAUUCUCUGUCCACUGGAGGAAUCCCAAAGAGAAAUUCUUCUUUGGAGUCUGUUUUUGCCAUGAAUUACAUAUGGAUGAUAUUUCAAAAGGAGAAUGAUAAAAAUUACUUGUUAGCAUGUCUUGAUAUUAAUACAAAUCUGCACAAUUGUGAAUUCUCUCUUUCUUUUCCAGGGCCUACUUUCUCUCAGGUCAUGUAGCCUCCUGGUGGUACUUUGAGCAAUUGGAUGAGAGAAUUAAUGAGUUUUCUUUUUUCCUUUAAAUUGAGCCCUCUUUUACUAUAAAUACUUUGGGGCUUCAGUCCUAUUGCUCCCCAGAUUCAUAUUAGCAUGUGUGUGUGUGUGUGUAUGUAAUAUGUAUGUCACAUAUGCUCUGUGUGAGAAAGGUUGUCAUUCUAAAAUCUUGGAGAUGUUUAAUUUGAGGUAUCCUUAAACUGGGGUCUGUGAAAUUUAUUUUUAAUAUUUUGAUGAUUGUAUUUCAAUAUGAUUGGCUUCCUUUGCAAUCCUAUGUAUUUUACAUUAUACAUUAAAAGAACAAAACAAUUUUUGUUUUAUUCUUAGAAGGGUCUAUAGCUUUUACCAGACAUCCUAAGACAUUCAUCUCAAAAGCAAAAAGUUAAGAAUUCUUUGAUUUUUCCUUAUAACUUUAGCUGGAAAAACUUUAUAAGACUUUUGGAAAGAUAGUGGCCACAAUAAAAAGUUAUGGGUAUUGCAGCUUUUCUUGUACUGUAAAAAUUAAAAGGUUAAAGUUUCUGGUCUCACAGUUCUAUGGAACCUUCUUGCAGAUCAGUUGGUUAGUCAUUAAGCAUUUAUUAAGUGCUUACUAGGUGCCAGAUACUGUACUAAAUCUUUGGUUUAUAAACAACUCUUGCCCCCAAGGAACUUACACUCUAAAACAGGGGCUUCAGACCUAUUUAAAUGAACACAGAAAGUUAUAUAAAUGGAUACAUGGUCUUUAAGACAUCUCUGUAAAGUGGGCAGUCCAACUGCCUGCUUACUUCCUAGAAGGCAGAUGAAAGCAUCCCUUAUAUCUACAUCUGUUGUCCUUAGAUGAACAACUAGGGAAUUUUGGAGUCAUUUGUUUCCUUAGAUUUUUAAUUUUGGACUUCUGAAAGUAACAUUUGAGAGGUCAGAUUGGAAGUAACUUGGCCAAGCUGCCAACUAGUAUUAUUGGUUAUACUUAUUAACAUAAGAAGUUUAAUGAAAACUUGCAGGUGGAAAUAAAAAGAUGAUUAACCUAUGUGCUUAAAAUUAUUAAAAAAAAAAAAAAAGCUUGAUCUUUCUUCCUGGAGUUCAUAGAUAAUAAAAAUAUCUAUUAAAAAAAAUCAUUGACAGGCAACGUAGCAUGGUGUAUUGAAUGUAUUGAAUGAUGUCAAAAGAACCUGGAUUCAGGGCCUACUUCUGCUUUGUGGUCUUGGAUUGGAGACUUAGGAGUCUUUUUGUCCUAAAAAAAGUUAAGAUUAUUCAUUGUCAAUUUGAGUUAGUAGAAUUAGCCCCAUACUCGGAUGAAAUCACAGAUUUGGGGACCCUUGUCCUCUAAAGCCCCAAGCUCAGAUGAAAUCACGAUUUGGGGACCCCUGUCCUCCAAAUUGUAUGCUAUUCAUUUUGAUGUUAAUUUCUUUACCAGUUCUCAGACAUAUGGUUAAAUGGUUUUCUCUCAAAAACUGCAGAUGGUCCAUCUCAUUGACAAUUUCUCCUCAUUUUGAGGGGAAGACUCAUUGAAGAAUCCCUUCCCCCUCAUAUGAUAAGGAUAAAGGUCAAACCUGUGAUUUCAUUGGUCUAGAGAAAAGCUUCUUAAACUAUGGCUUGUGACCCCAUAUGGAGUUUCAUAACUGAAUGUGGGUGUGUGUGUGUGAAAUUAUAAUUAUUAUCAGUAAAUGUUUGAUUUAUAAAUUUAUUUUCUAGAGCCAUAUAUCCCGAGUUGCAUAAAAGUUUCUUGGGUAAAAAGGAGUCGCAAGCAGAAAAGGUUAAAAAGCUCUGGUCUAGAAAAUACUAGGUGAGGAGGAAACUCUGCUGAUGAAACUGGCCCUUCUUUCUCUUCAACCUUAUUGUCUUGGGAAUUAAAUGACUUGCUUAAAGUCACAGAGAAAUGCAGUAUCAAAGGCAGUACUUUAAUCCAGCACCUCCCGGCUUCAAGGCCAUUUCCCUUCCCACUGUGGUAUGUGUCCUUUUUUUUGCCCAGUUCCCUCUCGCCUCCUGCAAUAGUACAUUUGAGAACCUGCAGACACGCUUGCUUAAAGUCCAGACUCCAAGUGCCUUUAGCAAGUGCUCACAGAUCCCAAGAGGGAAGAAACUGAUAAAGCCCAUUCGGGAGUAGUCUGAAUUCGGAUCCAGAGAUUGACAACCUGGAGCUCAGUGGAUUUGUGUACUGCUUUACACCAACAUUAUUAUGGCAUGUAAUCUUAGUGUGACCAAUGCUAAAUAAAGCCUGACUCUAUAUUUAUCAGACACCAGAGUUUAGCUCCUGAAAAUUAACUCGGUUUUCCCAAUGACAAUGAUAGCUUUGCCCUAUCCCCGUUAUUAUACGUUUUUUCAAUUAUCUUAAAAUAUAUUUUGAGGUGGGAGAAUGAGGUUUAAUAUUUUUAGUACUCCUAAUUUCCACAUUCUUUUCAUUAACCUGCCUGUUCCAGAGGGAUCAUACUUAGACGGUGGCCAGUGAGAUAUGUUGGAAAGGAUUAUCUGUUAUGAAUUGUUCUUGCUUGUUUUAAGAUGUAUAUUUUAUAACGCACUGAGCUGAGGGCUGUGUUUCUUUAUACCAUUUCAUUUUUGUUUUUUAAUUUCCUGUCCACUUUCAGGUGUAAGCCCAUAUUAUGACUACCUUUGAGACAGGGAUAUAUUUUUUUAAGGCAUCAUGUCACCUUGAUGAGAAAGUUAGGUGAAUGGGUCCCCUUUUGGAUCGGGCUUUUCUGCUUUGUGUCUGUGAACUAUACAGACAAUUUUCACCGGAUCAGGAAACUCCUUGGUUGCGAUCAUUUGAAGAAUGUCAUCUUAAGGUUUCCUUUCGCUCUUUAAAAUUAAAAGUAGGAUUUUAUUCCUCUUAUUGUGAAUUUUUUUAUUGACUUUUGGGAAUUAAUCUAUGGUUCUGUCAACCCUUGAUCAUUUAAGGUUGAUGAUCCACUCUGAGCUUUGUGCAGGUGGCUUUUCUAUCUCCCGUUUGUUAUCCCUUUUUAGGUUGCUUGGCUACUUUGAAAGUUUCUUUGGCCUGAGGAUGAGAGAGUAGAGAGAUGAGGUGAAACUGACCCUUUUAUUGACCAGGUUUCAGCUCAAUUGGAGUAAAAAAUGUCUGGGAGGUUGGAAGACUGAUACCAUUGACUUCAGUGGAGUGUUUGAAUUGACCAAGGACUGUAUCUGUCAUAAUCCUUUGGCAGAAAUUAGGGUGGAUAAUUGAAUGUUGAUUGCACUAUACUCCAUGAUCAUGAGCCUUAUUAAUAAUACACAGAGCAUUUCUCUAGGGCUGUUCUAGAUAUUAAUGAGUUCCAUGGAGUAUUCUUAUAUUUUAUUAUUUAUGUCUACUUGGUGGAUAAAGCCUGAUUUAUUUGGCCUAGGGCCUGGUGAGUAAGGGAGAAACACUGAGCUAGAAUUAAAUCUUAGAAAUUCCUAACGUAUUCCUAGCCUCAGACAAUGUGACUCGGUUUCAAAGCCAAUGAACCCUGCCCCUGGACCCCCAGAAGGAUAAGAAAAUGUUCUACUUAGUGGAAUUUUAUUAUUUAUUAUAAAAUUGUUUUUAAAAACUUUUUUUUAGUCCUGAAGGAUUAAUAAUUAAUUCAGAUUAGCUACAUGUUAUUGAUAACACCCAGAGUCUCCUUCAGUCAGCAGUAUGUGAUCCUAGAUAAUACCCAGAGAUUCGCCAAGAGUCAGGAAAUCCUUGGUUCCUGUCAAUCUCAGAAACAAUUGGCUAUGUGAUCUGAGAAUACACCAGGAGAUCUGGAACAAAAAAGGUACUUGAAGCCCUGUGUAGGGGAAGAAAUCACUGGCCACCACAUUUACUCCUUUUUCAAAGUGCUAGAAGCCAUAGUGUUGACAGUUGCCUUUAAAAAAACAAACAAACUUAUUUUGCAUUCCAAAUAAUCCUCUUAAUCCACUCUUUCCUCUUUCUCUGUAAGUGUGCAUUAGUGACCCCCUCACUAGUGAAAAUCAAUGUUAUCUCACUGCGUGUAUAUUCUUUAUAUGAUGUAUUUUUAUAGAAAAUAAAAUCACAGAGCCUCAAGUGUCAUGAUGGAUGGUACUAUCUGAGAACAAAUCCCAUCUGGAACCCAGCUUAUGGUUCUCGACUGUGAAUCUGGAUGGGAAACACCCUGUAUAUUCUAGGUUCUCUUAUGGACAGAAAUACCAUUUUAAAAUGGGAAGUCAUUUGUUGUCUUGUUGCUUUAAAAAACAUACGCGAGUCUUCUCUGUUUCUGUGACUCAGGGUGCCAUUUUGCAGGAAUUAAAUGGUAAUUUUGCAUUUGCUGAUGUUUACCUUUGGGAAAAGAGGGGUACUUCCUAAUGCACAGUGACAGUUGAAUUUGUGUAUGCUAUAUCUGCUUAGUAAUGCCUUAUCCAGAUUAGGUCAGAGUAUGGUAGACAGCCUACCACAUGCCCCUUGUUUUGCCGUGACCUAAAAACAGUGUCAGUGAAUGUAUGCUCUAGAUCCCAAAGCAUUUCUGAUGUUUCUUCCGGUCCUGAACUAUGACUCUAGCACAGAGAUGCUUUUAAGUUGGAGGACAGAAUUCUGGUGAGGUUUUAGUUUUUUUUUUAAUUUUUUAUUUUUUCAAGAACCAUUGAUGUGGUGGUAAAAUGAGCUCCUUUGUGCUUUUUCUAGUGCUACAUCAAUGGUACAAGAUCUGGUCUGGAGAGUUCAGUCUAAACAGCAGGAAGGUAGAUCUUGUCCCUUAAACCUUGCCAUAAAUGUUGAGUAGAGACUUAGGAACUUGGGAGCUCACUGUUUAUUCCCCAUUUGAGAAAUCUCUUUUGUGUUUGGGGAUUGCGCAAAUGAUAAAGAUAUCAGGAUUAAAACCAACCAAAUGUGAAUUGUGAAAUUAACCUUGUUCUAUAACAUAUUUUUGGGGGUGGGGAAGGGUGGUUUUGCUUCCUUUGAUCACUGCUUAAUAUACAACCUGGGACGUGUUUAAAGAUGUAAUUGCUGUUAACUGGCUUCUUUUCACUUUUCAUUCUGGCCUCAUUUCUGUCCUCAUUUUAGUAAAGGCUUGAAGUUAUAACAGGUGUUUUGUGUCACAAUUUAAUAAAAAUAAUUUGAGCCUCA